CUCAGUUUCCACGGUGACGGCAUCCCUCCAUCCUCCUCCUCCUCCUCCUCCUCCUCCUCCUCCUCCAUCAUCUCUCCGUCAGGCUGCUGUUGGUUUGUCCGCGUCGCCACGAUGGUUGAUAAAGGAACCAGAGUGUUUAAGAAAGCCAGUCCCAAUGGAAAGCUCACCGUUUACCUGGGAAAGAGAGACUUCGUGGACCAUGUGGACCUGGUGGAGCCUGUUGACGGCGUCGUCCUGAUCGACCCGGAGUACCUGAAGGAGAGGAAAGUGUUUGUGACUCUGACCUGUGCCUUCCGUUAUGGUCGCGAGGAUUUGGACGUCCUUGGGUUGACGUUUCGGAAAGAUCUGUUUGUGGCGAAUGUCCAGGCGUUUCCUCCGCUGCGCGAAGAGAAGAAGAGUCUAACUCGUCUUCAGGAACGCCUGAUUAAAAAACUGGGAGAACACGCCCACCCGUUCACGUUCGAGAUUCCUCUGAACCUGCCGUGCUCGGUCACCCUGCAGCCGGGCCCAGAGGACACCGGGAAGGCCUGCGGAGUCGACUUUGAGGUGAAAGCUUUCUGUGCAGAAAAUGUUGAAGAAAAGAUCCACAAAAGGAACUCGGUGCGUCUGGUGAUCCGGAAGGUGCAGUACGCUCCGGAGAAACCCGGUCCCCAGCCAACAGCAGAAACCACCAGACAGUUCCUGAUGUCGGACAAACCUCUGCACCUGGAGGCCUCUCUGGACAAAGAGAUCUAUUAUCACGGGGAGCCAAUCAGCGUCAACGUUCACGUCACCAACAACACCAACAAGACCGUGAAGAAGAUGAAGAUCUCAGUGCGACAGUAUGCAGAUAUCUGCCUCUUCAACACGGCUCAGUACAAAUGUCCAGUGGCCACCGAGGAGUCCGAUGAUGUCGUCGCUCCCAGCUCAACUUUCUGCAAAGUUUUCACGCUGACUCCAUUUCUGGCCAACAACCGAGAGAAACGCGGCCUCGCUCUGGACGGAAAACUGAAACACGAGGACACAAACCUGGCCUCCAGCACACUGUUAAGAGAAGGAGCCAAUAAGGAGAUCCUCGGCAUCAUCGUGUCGUACAAAGUGAAAGUGAAGCUGGUCGUGUCCCGAGGCGGGCUCCUGGGAGAUCUGGCGGCGAGCGACGUCUCCGUGGAGCUGCCUUUCACCCUGAUGCACCCGAAGCCGUUGGAGGAGUCCAUCUACAGAGAUGCUCCAGAUGAAGCUCAGAUCGACACAAACCUGAUCGAGUUUGACACAAACGAUGAUGACAUCAUCUUCGAAGACUUUGCCCGCCAGCGGCUGAUCGGCGCGAAGGACGACAAGGACGAAGACGAGGAGCCGGUGGACUCGCCCAAACUGGACGACAGAUAAAGGCGCCGAGCGUCGCCGCCGCCGCCGCUGCUGUUGUUGUUUCGCUGCUGUUUGUAGUGUGGAGCUAACGGAGGUCACCUUUAGGUCAAACCACGGUCUGGACACCCUUUAAACACUCGGCGGUGCCGUGUUUGUGUUCUCGUUCAUGUUCGUCCUCUCCGCGUCCUGCCGGGGUGUAAAAGCUAGAGUACCGCAGCGUAGCCAUCAGUUGUGUUUUCAGACGGAGCGGCCGUCCACUCCCUCGCCGGCCGGCCGGAGACUUGAGCCGGCGACCGCGGCACGGUAACGUGGCUGGUAGCAUGCCUCUAAUGUCACUUUGUUCUGUGUGUUUCCAUUAGGGACCGAACAGGAGUAACGUUAUGUUGAGAUUAGUUUCGAUGAGUCGUAUCAGAGGGUCACUGCCGACUGCGGUCGAUCUGGAACAGUCGUCACUCGAGCCACAACGUGGACUUCGGCUGACGGAGGUUUUUGUUAAGCGUCAGUCUGUGUGUGGACGAAGCUGCAGACACACCAGAGGAAGAGUCAUCUGCAGGACGUCCCGACUCACCGACCGGACCCGAAUCCGUCAGGCAGCCGCCAAUCGGCUGAGAGGAAGCGGAGCCCAGUUUGCAUGAAAUACAUGAAAUACAUGAAAUACAUGAAUACUUUAUAUGAUUUAUUACUGUCAUGAAUAAUCACCUCCACAGAGGAAAGAAGCGUACGAGUGUUUGUUGUCAUGUUGAUCGUUUUGUAAAUGAUCGUCAGUGUGAUCGUCCAAUCGGCUGCAGGCUUCACUUCAUUUCUUUAAAACUUCUCUUCUUCCGGAGUAGACGACGACGGCUGCGUGUUCGACCUCGGCGUGUUCGUGGUGACGAUGAAAAUGUGUUUGUAGAAAUGAGUUUGAAAAGCUGACGACAUCCAGACAGUGAAUCAGUCACACUGAAGACUUUCUGCCACCUGUCAAUUUAAUCUCCUAAAUCACAGCCUGGAUUCUGUGUAAAGCAUCGAUCAAACAGGAUGUGAUCACCUGCUAAACUCACCUGGAAACAGCACAAAGUC